UUCAAUCGUGACAACAUCUGCUGUUUCCGGUGAGGCGAGGCAGCGACAGCCAGACAGACAGACUUCUGCUCGGUUUGACAAAACCGAAACCUGGUUAAACAUCAUAAAAACCAAAGGAAACAACAGACCAGACGAAGGGAGGAAGUUUUUACGGAAGGAAGAGGAUUUAUUUAAACUUCCGGUGAGGAACCGAGAGGAAAAACAAACUGCUUCGCCGCUGCAGGAUGUGACAGAACCGCAGCAGAUAAACUUCUUCCUUCUCAGCCUGAAGAUCAACAGACGAGCCGCAGGACAAACAUGGCUCUGUUCUUCUCUGGAGCCGUCACCAGUUCCCCGAUAAAACGGCGUCUGCGUGGGAAUCACUCCUGCCACAGCCCGGACGUGUCCCUCCUGUCCCCCGACUCGUCGUACGUCUGCUACCCGUCGGCGGACGCCGGCGCCCCCUGCUGCUGCCGCCGCUCGCCGCGCCUCCUCACCAACGGUUACUAUGACGUCACAGAGGACAGCUUCUGCCUGGACGAGGACGGAAACGUGUCUCUGACCGACUGCAGGACCAGCGUGUCCUACAAGGAGAACCUGGUCAGAGUUUUCCGGCGCAGGCGGAAACCUCGCAGCGCUCUGGUUUCCCUGCUGAGCGGCGUUUCAGAGAGCUGCCAGUCAUGGCUGGACCAGAAGGUGUUCAGAGGCAUGCUGGGAACCGGCCUCAGACAGAACCCGGACCCGGACCUGGACCCUGACCUGGACCUGGACCUGGACUGGCCCCGGGUUGGCCAGCAGGGGGCGUCUCCGUGUCGAUUGGACGAGUCUCUGUGGGCGGGGCUAAACGCCGAUCUGGACGACGGACGAAGCUUCACCUACGAUCACACCGAAGCCCCGCCUCCUCCAGACAAAGAAGCCCCGCCUCCUCCUGAAGAAUUAGCCCCGCCUCCUGGGAAACUGCUGAUCCAGGAGGAAAUCUGCUCUGAGAUCAGUCAGUCCACGCAGCGCUUCACCCAAUCGCUGAGCGGCCUCUCUGAAGUCCCGCCCCCUCCGGCCUUCUACAGCUGCUGCCAGGCGCCACCAGAACCUCCAGGGCUGACGAUGAAGGCUCUCCUCAUCCUCAUCUUCAGCAUCUUCAUCAUCAGCGUUCUCUACUCAGGCUCCUGCUGGUGGAGCGCCAUGGUAACGGCCGCCAUGUUGGCGACGAUCUCAGCCGUGAUGUUCGUGACAAAGUCGGAUCCGAUGGGCGAGUGGAGGAGAGCGAAGACGGAGGACAUCACAUCCAGGAACGAGUAGGAACAGAACCGGAACCGGAACCAGAACCAGAACUUCUGACAGGAUUCUGUAGAAACCUUCCUGCUAGUUUUUCCCUCAGUGUUUGAAUUCAGCUGGACGAAAAGGUGAAACUGGUUCUGAGCUCUGGAAGCUUUUAAAGCAAACCAGGUUUGAAUUCACAGAAAGAGAAAAAGUCAUGGAUGAGUCAUCCACCUCAGGAAUCAAUAAUCAAUCAAUAAUCAGAUUUUUACCAGCAGAUAAAGAAUAAAAACUGCUGCUGGUUUUAAAAUGGCUGAAGGAGCUCAGAGUCACAGUGAGAACCGUUCGGUUAGCUUAGCAUCGCAGGGAGCUGCAAAGCUUCACAUCAUGUUUAAAAUAUGCAGAGAAAAUCUUCAACUGGGAGAAAAAGAGACUAAAAGUUUUUAAUCAAGUUCAGGUGUUUAUUUCUAAAUGCACAAAAAUCACCUGGAAUCCUGCAGAAGAUUUAAUAUUUCAUUUACAGACGAGGAGUGAUGAUUCAUUAACAUUUAUUUAUCAAACAGAUAAAUAAAUAAACCACAGCGCAUGAGAGCAAUAAUAAUAAAGUAUUCUGUUAUCGUAAAGUUAAAUCCAGGAAACUUAAAAUCCUGAAAAAUAUAAAUAUUAAAAAAGACCUGCUACAAAAUUCUCAGAACUUAAAUUUCAGAUGAAUCUGUUUGGUUCAGAAAUUACAUUUAAAACUGAGGUCAGGUCCUCACUGCUUGGAAAAGCUUUUAUUUUGAAAGGAUUCAUCUCUCUGUAUGGAGCCCCUGCAGUGCUUUUAAUUUAUCAUCUCUGAGUUAAAAAAGAUGCAAGUUAAUAAAUAAAAUUGACCACAUGAUAAGCUAUAAGUGAGAACAAGGCAUUUUAAAAAUAAAUAUUAAAACUAACAUAAAUCAAUUAAAAUACAGCCAAAUCAUAAAGCAUAAAAAUCUGAUAAAUGAACAGAUUUUCUCCAUAAAUUAUUAUUGCUUUAAAUAUGAUAUAAUUUAGUGCAAAAUUCAAUUUUGAUAAAGAAAACAAUUCUAAUUAAAUUGUGAUAUAUUUAAUCCUUUUUUGUGACGUUUCCCCCUUUUGCACAAACUUUUAUUUUGAAAAGCAUCUUUUUAUAUGGAGGUCCAGACGUUUUUUUGUUGUUGUUGUUUUUAUUUUUGCGUUAAUAUAUUUUAUCCUUUUCAGACAGGUUAAUAUGAAUAAAAACUUGAUGUUUAUGAAAUGUUUAGAUAUUAAAAAAUUGAAUAAAAGUUUAAUUCUUAUUAUUAACAAGUAGGACGUAAUAAAUCCUUUAAAAAAAUAAUCCAAGCUGCUCCAAAGUUCAGCUGUAAAAAAGCGAGAAAAAGGAUUUCAGCAGAUAAUUUUAAGAAAAAAUAAUGUUAUUUACUUCUCAUGUAUAUUUAUUCCCAUGUGAAAGUUUUCACUUUGUCACAUUUUUUUAUUUUGAAAGGGACUUGCCUCUGUAUGGAGCCCUUGAAGUGCUUUUAUUUCUCUCAAACUAAAAAUAGUCUCACACUUCAGCGGCUCCAUGUUGAUGAUAUUAUUGUGAGGAAUCGCAGAGACCAAGUAAUGUAACCUGUACUGUAAGACUUUCUGAACAUUUAUCAGAGCUGAGCUUCGGUUUCAGGCUAAAGCAGAGCCGACGUUCUGCAGGGAACCGUCUGGAAGGUCGUGAUGCGUUCAGGGCUUGCAAAAUUAAAAAUCUUCCCACAGCAAUCCUUCUAAUCGUGCUGUGGUCCGAAGAGCCGACGGAAACGUUUUUAUCAAAGUGCCAAAUUUUUUAUCCAGAAACAAAACGAUGAUAUUUUUGAUACGACAGCGCUCUGCUUUACUUUGUUCUGGAAGCUUCCUGUUUAUUACUGAUAAACAUGUUGUCCUUCAGCUCUUUUUGCUCUGUGUUUUUAUUAGAGAGACCAAAACUCUGCUGCCCUCUGCUGGUUGGAACCAGUCAGUGCAGCUUAGGAACUUGUGUGGUUUUUAAAAAUCACGUUUAAGUGAAAUUUGUGGAAGUUUUUUUUUUACUUUCUUAGCUUUAGAUCUGUGUGAAGCACUUAACCUCACACUCCUCAUGUCCUACUGUUUGUAUUUUGAUUGAAUGCACUUGGAAAUGUGACGCUGUGCUUGUGAUAGCACUUGUUUUUUAGAAACAGUCUGGCAGCUCAGCAGGAGUUAAAUAUUAAAUGUGAAACAAAAGAAAACUGUGGAGUUUAAAUUAAAUUUGUCUGAAUCUGAAAAGAUUUCCCAUAAAAUGAGAUUUUUAGGGAUCAACUCACACAUUUCAUGGGCGUCUUUGGAUAUUUGACCACUUGGUGGCGCUGUGACGUUAGAUUUAAUUUCCUGUCUCCUGCCUGUUGUCAGACUGUUUUAUUUGAAGUGACUGUUUAUUAUGAAGCUAUUAAACCACAUUAAAGACAA